AUGGGUUGGAACGAUUUUUUUCAGGCGUGGGAACGCGUGACCUCUGAAGAGUCCUUUGUGGAGCGUGUGACUGCUGCUUUUUCCAGGGCCACGAACUCGCCUGCGGUCAAAGGCUCGUCUGAGUUCCGUCGGAGGAAAGCUGUCCUCUUGGUGGUCAUCCGUGCGCUGGUGCAGCUUCUCAUCGGUACUCAGCAGCAGUCUGGGGCCAUACGGCUGGUCCGAACUCGAGAAAGAGAGCUCGAGGGCACGGAGGCAUUGCCAUAUCAUCCUUACGCUACGUUCGUCGAGGAUACCCUGGAAGAGGUCAGAGGAGUGCUUCAGGCACCUUCGCCGGAGCCUGAGAUACCGGCUCCGAGGCAAGUACCUUGCCCGGAACACCAGGACUGGGAGUUGGACGAAAGAGAGUAUCCAACCAUAGCGGCGCUCUCAUCUUCUUCUUCUGCCGCGCCGCGUGUUGCACCUUUGGAAGUGGUCGAAGUGCGUGAGGACAUCCCUGUCCUGAUUUCAUUGGAUUUCAGCGGGGUGCUCAACAUCCACUUUCAGGACAGCCGAGAUUUUUUGGACCGUUUGAACGCAGAGCGUCCGAGCCACGUGAAGCUGAAGUUUAUUUGCACGAGUUACUCUGGGACAGAACGGGCCAAAGAAACGCGUCAGUCGAUGGCUUCGGAGCUUCCGGGCGUGCCAGUCUACAUCACUAGCUCUCCAACGGGCCGUCCUGGAAAAGGAGCCUUCAUUAAGCGUUUGAUGGACCGGCGGUCGGAUCACUUUGCGUGUCAUUUGGAUGACAGAUCAGACAUCGUGCGGGACGUCGAGGCGUAUGGUGUUCACGGUAUUUUGGUAUCGCCGAAUACGUGGCUGACUGAUCUCGUGCCCACUGUGUUGUUGUGGCUGCGGUCCCUGUAA